AUGGGUUUGGCAGCUGUGAAGACAAGGCAGAAGUUUGGGCUGGAUCCCAGGAACACUGCGUGGAGUAAUGACCAGUCCAGGUUUGGACACAAGCACUUGAUGCGCUUUGGAUGGCAACCGGGCCAGGGUCUGGGCACCCAGCCCGUGCAGUCCAUGAAGACACAUAUCAAGGUCUCUAUAAAGGAUGACAACCUCGGUCUGGGCGCAAAGCUGAAGAAAAACAAAGGUGAUAAGAUCGAUGAGUUUGAUAACGGUGAGUGUGCAGGCCUCGAUGUGUUUCAACGUAUUCUUGGUAGAUUGAACGGUAAAGAGACUGAGGUUAACAAAGAGCUUGAAAUACAGCGCAAGGACAAGAUUUUAAAUGGUAAAUGGGGUGUGCACUUUGUUAAAGGUGAUACCUUGGCUAGUACUUGGGAUCCGAAGACAAAGAAACUUCUGAGUUACUCGCAGAUGGAAAAGGAUUCAUCGUCUGAUGAGGAAAGCGACGAUGAUGAAGAUGAGAAGAAGAAACAUAAAAUAGAGAAGAAGGAGGCAAAGAAAUCUAAGAAACGUAAGCGUGAUUCAGAAUCGGAUUCAGAAUCGAAGAAGAAGAAGAAGAGUAAGAAGGACAAAAAGGAAAAAAAGAGUAAGAAGGAUAAGAAGAAUAAGAAAGAGAAAGAAAGCAAGAAAGAUAAGAAAAGCAAACACAAGAAAGACAAAAAACAAGAGAUACGGACUGCUUCGAUUGAAUCCAGUACGUCAGCUACAUCUAUACCUGAAUCAGUGUCUACAAGAUUGUCAGUCCGUUCGAAAUGGAUCAAACAAAAGCGUGCUGCUGUUAUGGACUCUAAGGCUUUGAAUGAAAUUUUUAUGGUUACAGGUAAUUAG